UGCUCGAUCGUGAACUAGCGCCAAGCGGCAACAAUAUUCGAAAAAAAACUGUGUGAAAAAAUUUGAAGAGAAACGAAAAAUUGAAUUAAUUAAACAAAAUGAGCGUGCAUAGGAGCCACAGUGGCAACCAUCACCACACGACAGCAAUGACAAGCGGUAGCAACAACAACAACACCCCAAAUGGAGAUUCGCCAAUGCAAUCAAUGCUGCCACAACAACAACAACAAAUGCAGGACGCUGCCUUCGUGCAAUCCAUAAGCUAUGUGCGGGAAUUCAGCAGGCAAGCAGCCGCCUAUCAUGUGCUCAAAAGCGAAGAGUCCCGUCUGCAUUUGCAACGGAGCAUUGCACUCCUUAGCACCAAGGUGCCGACGCAUUGUUAUGCCGCCGGUCCCGGUGGGAAUCUGGAGUUGGCCAAAUUCUUUGUCGAUCUGCAUGCGUUGAUGAGCGCCCUCGAUGGCGACAGCGACAGCGAAACGUUGUGGACAUGCGUCACACUGUUGCAGCACUGCAGUCGCAAUCUCGAGGCACGCGCCGACAUUGUGCAAAAGUAUUGCUUUGUGCCGCUGUUGAGUUAUUUGCUGAAGCGCACAACGCGGCCGGAACGUUGUCAGCGUCUGUUGCUCCUGCUGCAGGAUUUGACGUAUGGCAUCAGUAUCCAGUGGGAGGAACCGUAUCUGGUGGUGCUGCUCGAGCAUCUGGUCGAUGUGGUGCACAGUGUGCCCGACAGCGAUGGCGAUGCCAAUGCCAGCGAUGUGGACAACUCGCAAGCACAGUUGGCGCUAUCGAUUCUCGUGAAUCUGUGCUACAAGAACUUUGUCGUCUUGUUUCUCUUCCUGCGCAGCGUCAACAUCUCCAGCUUCAGUCGGCGCAUACAACACUACGGUCUGCUGGCCUACAAGAUGCUCAUCAUCUUGUCGGAGGAUGUGCAUUGCCUGGAGCCGCGAGAGUUGCACACAUUUCUGCGCACCGCAUUCGCCGGCAUGGAGGAUUGCCUGAAGCAGUGGCAUGUGCCACAGUUGCGGCACAUUGUUGACUUUCUGCUCGACGCACAAUGUCAUGCGGGAUUACAGCGGGCGAUGCUGAGUCACACGCAUUUCUGCGAUGACAUCGAAAGGCUGCUUAACCAAAUUGAGGCACGUCAUCACAUGGACGACUCGAACGAGGAUACACGCAAGCAGCAACAGCUCUGCAUGCAGCUCAUCUUUCAGUUGAUUAGCCACAUCCUGCAGCUGUCCGCCGACAAUGAGAUCAUCAGUCUGGAUGCCAUCACGCCGCGUCUCUACGAGUUGCUCUGCGAUUGGCUCGAAUCCGAUUUGUGCGGCGUCGCAGCCAUCGAGCUGUUGACGUCGCUGCUGCGUCUGGGUAAACGCGCCAGUGUGGCGCAACUGAUUGCCCGCGAGCCCACAAACGUUGUGAAGCUCAUCCAGAGCGCUGAGCGAGCGGACACCAAGGCGGCCCAUGUGACAGCCAUAUUGCGUUUGCUGCUCACACUCUUGGGCAGCGGCAAGACGGAGAAACUUGUGCUCUCGAAGAUCUCCGAGUCGUAUUUCGAUAAGAUAUUGGCUGCCCCCUUGUCGCUCUUGCCACAAAUGUUGUGCUCACAAACACUCGCUCAGUCGGAGGUGGAGAAAUCAAUCUUUGGCCUGCUGUUGCUCAUCAAUUUUGCCGGCAUUGCAAAGAAGGCGUAUUGGGACAAAUGCUGUGCACUCCUGGAGCUGCCGCAGCUGCAAUAUGCGCUCGCUCGUGCCAUGCUCAGUGGCAAUGAGCAGCUGGUCACAGCUGCUCUACAGAUUGCACAAUUCGAGCACUUUCCCAAGGCGGCGGUGGCCAAGUUUGUUGCUAGCAUUGGCAGCAAAGCGUCGUCGUCCCCGCCGCCAUCUGAGCAGGCGGAACAGUGGCGCAAUCUUAGUGCCAUACUCAAGAGUCAUCGCACGUUCAUUGACAAGGAGCUAGCGCAGCGUGUGAACGCUUUGGUCGACAGCAUUGGUGACACAUUGCGUCGCAAUGAACUCCACUUGGCACCCGUCUCGCAGGUCAUAGAGCUCUACAGUCAUCGCAUCGAGAGCCUCAACUGUGCCGCCCACAAUAUGCAGCAACGUCUCGAGCAGGCGAGCGUUCAACUCAGCCACAGCACACAGCUGACGAACGUGCAGAAUGCCGAGCUGCAGCAAUUUCAGGCGAAGAACUUUGAGCUGCUCAUCAGCCAGGAGCGCCUGCAGACACAGUGCAAGGACCUCAAGGCGCAGGCAGCACAGCUCAAGGCGAAUUUAAGUGAUUUGUUGAAGCGUUGGUCCGAAACCUCCGAGCAGCUGCAGGCCAACGAGCGUCGGCUAUCGGUCAAGCAGUCGGAGAUCGCUGGACUGCAACGAGACUGCGAGGAGUUGCGUCAGAAUCUCAGCGCCAAGAGCGAUGAACUGUGCAAAUUGGAAGCGCUUAGCAAGGACAACAGCACUCGCAUCGAGAAGUUGAAAAAGACUGUGCUAGCCUACGAGCAGGACAUCAAGGAUAAGCUGCGCACCAUUGAGGAGCGCACCAACGAUUUGGCCAAGACGCACAAAGCGCUCGAGGAGCAGCGGGAGGCGCGCAAGAAAUCCGAGGAUUUGGUCAGUGUGCUCGAGACACAACUGCAGGAGAAGAAGGAACAAAUCGAGAAUCUCGAGAUGGAGCAGAAGGAAACGGAAGACUUACGCAAAACAAUCAUGAGUCUCAUGGAGAGCAAAAAGCCCAAGCGCAAAGCUUAAGCCGAACUGCUCUCAAUUUUAAAUUCUUUUCCAUUUGACUCUCGACUAUGUGUUAAGCUUUAGUUUGUAGUAAUUUUAACUAUUAUUAAAUUAUACACAUUUUUUUGUACAUCUACAAUUACUAUAUAAAAGGCAAUUGAAUUUAGUUUGAAAAGGCAGCCA